AUGGAUUGGUUUAACAGCGACCAACGCCAGAUGGACGAUUUCGUGAACUCCCAGAACUGGCAAGUGCCGCCGACACCCGAUCCAGAUGCAACGCCUAGUCCCGGGCUGCCUACCAAUGUGGAAAUGGAAUCGCCAGUUAGCACUGAUGAGUACGAUAUCAGCGAUAUGGAACCAGCUCCACGGAGGGGGAGGGGCAAGGGCAAGGUUGCCGAUGAGGAUGGGCCGAAGAAGUACAGUCCGCAGGAGACAAUGUGGCUGGCCAAGAACUAUGUCGACGUCUCCGAGGACGCUGUGAUCGGCAACCAGCAAAGCGACAAGGCGUUCUGGCAGCGGAUUGCGGAUAAGUACAACGCUGGUCGACCCGAAGGCUCGUUCGAGCGUACCUACGUGAAGCUACGCAAGCAUUGGGGUCGGGUGCAGAAGGAGAUUAACAAGUGGAAUGGCAAGUGGACUAACGUAGUCGGAGUACGAGCUCGAAUUGCACCGUGA